ACCAUAUGAUUUGCUUUGGAGUAUCCCUAGUUGAGUACCCAUUUGUAAAUUAUAUUUCUAUUCAUUAAUAAACAAAUAUUUAUCUGACGAAGUUAUUUGUUUUUAAGUUAACAGCACUUCGCAUUUUUUUGUGUGUUGUGUUGUGUGGGAGUUGAAAAUGGUUCUUUGUAGGUUUUUUCUUCAAGGAACGUGUAGGUUUGGAACCAAAUGCAGCAAUGAACAUUUGGAUAUAAAGCAACUUGUGAAAACCGAUUUGGAAGCAGCCAUAAAUGGUAAACAAUGGCCGUUUUCCUGCUUUGGACCUUUUAAGGAUAAACCAUGUAUUCCGGCCUUUAUUGAAGAUCAGUCCUUCGAAGAAAUACGAUGGCUGUGUUACGAAGCCAAACAAAAAAACUGUGCAGACCAAUACGUCCAACAAUUCAACAAGGAAGCUAUGGAAGCAAAUAAUAAAAUAAAAACUAUUUUGCAGUUAUCACCUCAUGUAAUAGAUCUAAUUUGCCGAUUGUAUGACGCGCCUGCUGAUGUCGGUGGCAAUUCGGGAUUGGAAAAAAGUAAUGCGAAUCCAUUUGGGUUUAGAAGUAACAUUACUAAUGACGCAACUUCCAUUUUCAAUAAGUCUGGUACUCCAUCUGGCAGUAAUAAUACUUUUAGAGGUGGAUUUAGCAAUAUUGCUACUACAAGUAGUGCGGGAAAUACAUUUAGCGGUGUUACGUCAUCACCUGCUGGAGGGAUAUUUGCUGGAAGUAGUUCACCCUUUAAUUCUCAAAAUCAGCAGUCUUCAAUUUUUUCGCAUCAACUGCCGCAAACAAAUUCCAUAUUUGGUGGCGGUGGGUCGCAAAAUGCUUUGUUUGGGCAACCGCAGACAAGUACAGGAGUUAUUGGUGGACUUUUCGGACAAACAUCACAACCGACCGGUGGCUUUUUUGCCCAAGCAUCGCAACAGCAACAGAAUCGACCUUCGCCCAAUGUAGGUUUAUUUGCCCAACAGACUCAGCAGCCACAAUCGGUUUCGAACGUUGACUUAUUUGCAAAACAAUGUCAAUCUCAAUCAGCGCCAAUAGGGGGAGUUAUAUUUAAUCAGAAUAUUCAACAACAGCAACAAUCAAAUGGAAAUAUAUUUGCUCAAUCCAUACAAGCUCAGCAAAUGCAGACCGCUUCGGGUUUUCCUUUGUAUCAGACAAAUAAACAACAUCCUCCAUCGGUUUUUGGUCAACAAAACGCUUUUACACAACAAAGUUCGAAUGGUGUAUUUGGUCAAAUGGUUCAAAAUGCGUCUGUUAGUAACAGCAAUAAUAUAUUUACACAACCCCUUAGUGCAACAAAUGACAAUGGGGGCUUUAAAAAUCCUCAUACUUCAGCUAUACCCACACAAAACAUCUUCGCUCACGCAUUGCAACAACAACAACGAACUCCUGCAAACAUAUUUUCACAACCAGCCAAACCAUCUGCAAAUAUAUCUGUUUCAAUGGAGCCUUCUACAGGUUUUUUCCAACAUGGUACACAAUUGCAACAAGUACCACAUCAGGAGACCGCAUUUGGCCAGCAGAUAGUUGAAAAUGGCUCUUCUCAGCCUCUGCUUCAAUCACCGGUGGUAAGCAGCUCUGUGUAUAGCAAGUUGGAAGAUCUUACACACGAAGAAAUUGAGUCUUUUAAAGCGGUAACUUUUACCCAGGGCAGAAUUCCGAAUGUUCCUCCACCACGAGAGUUAAUAAAUUAAUUGUUAUUUCAAAAAUUAUAGUAAAUAAAUAAUCAAAAAGUGCCCAGAACAAAGA